AUGGCGUUCAAUAGCUUCAUUCGGAAAGCAUACUGGAUUCUAGCGACUUGUGGACUGGUAUAUGCUUUGGCUAUUGGUGCUUUGACACAUCCAUUUGUUCAGCGAAAUGCUACCUACGUCCACAAUAUCAAUCCGACCUUCUUCCAAGACUUGAACAAUACCGAACAGUUCGGCUUCCUGCACCAUCAGGUCCAACCAUUCACGAUCACCACUCCUGACAAUGUCACUCUGUUCGCCUGGCACAUUCUCCCUCUUCGUCUUUACCGUAAACAUGAGCAAGCCCUGAAGGCACAAUCUGAUUCCGGGCUAAAACCAUACGAGGCUGCAGCGAAAAGUGUCGGCAUCCAACUCCUCCUUAAUGACCCUCAGGCAACCGUGGUUGUCAGUUUCCAUGGAAAUGCGAUGCAUCUGGGAAGCUCCUAUCGUCCGACGACAUAUCAGCAGAUCCUGAGUCUCUCGACCGAGGAGAAACCUGUUCAUGUGAUUGCUUUUGAUUAUCGCGGCUUUGGCUUGAGUACGGGAACUCCGACGGAAGAGGGAGUGAUACAGGACUCGAUGUCUUUAUUAUCCGCUCUUACCGGACAGACAACAAGUGCUGAAGGCGGUGGUCAUGAAGUUCGGGGCGUGAAAUCCUCCCAAGUCAUUCUUUUUGGGCAAUCGAUGGGAACGUUCAUUUCGACAGCCUUGUAUCACGAGUGGGUAUUGAAUCUCGGCAGAGAGCCAUUCAAGGCUUUGGUCUUGAUCGCCAGCUUCCGUUCAUUAACGGAAUUGCUCGAUUCUUACUCGUUCAAAGGUCUGACUCCUCCGUUAUUGUCUCCAUUGUUGGCAUACCCCAAGAUCCAAGCAUGGUUACUCUCUAAGAUUGUGGACAAGUGGGAUGCAAAUCAAAGAUUGGUGGAUUUGGUGCAAAACCCAGAAGUUCGCUUAGAUCUGACAAUGAUGCAUGCUCGCGACGAUUGGGAGAUUCCGUGGUAUGAAGGUCGUGCUCAUUGGGACAAGGUCUUGAUUGCCGCCUCAGGAGAUCAGAUCGAACUCACUCGCAAUCUUGAUCAUGAAGAAUGGAAGAGUGAGGAUGGGAAAAAGCGCCUCCGAUGGGAAAUGAUUCGGCAUGGGGGCCACAACAGGAUCCAGACGAGCGAGCAAGCCAAACUGGCCAUAUUAAGGCUACUGGAAGACGAUAUUUAA